UGAGACGCUUGCGAUAAAACAAGAGUAAACGCCGUUGCGAGUCACCACUGAACGGCAGAGAAACGGGUCCACAGUCACAUUUCCAGGCAGGCAGAGGUUCGGACGGCGGGUGAAUAUGAUGUACUAAGCAAGGCUCUUUUUCUUUUGGCUUCCACUGAUUUCCAGUUCUUCGGGGAAGAUACCAGCCAGGGUGAUCUGAACUUCCACUGUUUUCCGCAUUUGGGCGCUCGUGGAUAAAGCUUCUGGAAGAUUUCUUGCGGGGCAUCGGGGUUCUCCUACAGUCUUGACCAUGGAGAACGCUCACAUGAAGAGCGUGGAUGAAGUUUAUAGUCAUUUCGGCGUCAACGAGAGCACGGGACUGACUUUAGAGCAGGUUAAACGCCAGAGAGACAAAUGGGGCUCCAACGAGUUGCCUGCUGAGGAAGGAAAAUCUAUAUGGGAACUCGUCAUUGAACAGUUUGAGGAUUUACUCGUACGAAUUCUUCUACUGGCAGCUUGUAUAUCAUUUGUUUUAGCCUGGUUUGAGGAGGGAGAGGAAACCAUCACUGCCUUUGUGGAGCCUUUCGUAAUCUUGCUAAUCCUUAUAGCCAAUGCCAUUGUGGGUGUAUGGCAGGAGCGCAAUGCUGAAAAUGCCAUUGAAGCCCUUAAGGAGUACGAGCCUGAGAUGGGCAAAGUCUACCGCCAAGACAGGAAGAGUGUGCAGAGGAUCAAAGCCAAAGAAAUUGUGCCUGGAGACAUGGUGGAGGUGUCUGUUGGUGAUAAGGUGCCUGCAGAUAUCCGCAUCUGUUCUAUUAAGUCCACUACAUUGAGAGUGGACCAGUCCAUCCUUACAGGUGAGUCUGUGUCUAUCAUUAAACACACGGACCCCGUCCCUGACCCUCGGGCUGUCAAUCAGGACAAAAAGAACAUGCUGUUCUCGGGAACCAACAUUGCAGCAGGCAAAGCAGUGGGUGUGGUGGUGGCCACGGGCGUGAACACAGAGAUCGGUAAGAUCCGUGACCAGAUGGCCUCCACUGAGCAGGAGAGGACUCCUCUGCAGCAGAAGUUGGAUGAGUUUGGAGAGCAGCUUUCCAAAGUCAUCUCUCUCAUCUGCAUCGCCGUGUGGAUCAUCAACAUCGGCCACUUCAACGAUCCCGUCCACGGGGGCUCGUGGAUCCGCGGAGCCGUUUACUACUUCAAGAUCGCCGUCGCUCUGGCCGUGGCCGCCAUCCCUGAGGGUCUUCCCGCCGUCAUCACCACCUGCCUGGCUCUCGGCACCCGCCGCAUGGCCAAGAAGAACGCUAUCGUCCGCUCGCUGCCCUCUGUGGAGACUCUUGGUUGCACCUCUGUCAUUUGCUCUGACAAGACUGGAACCCUCACCACCAACCAGAUGUCCGUCUGCAGGAUGUUCAUCGUAGACAAGGCCGAAGGCGACAGCUGCUCGCUGACGGAGUUCACUAUCUCUGGCUCCACCUACGCCCCUGAAGGAGAUGUGUUUCUUAAUAACCGUUUGGUGAAGUGCUCUCAGUAUGAUGGGUUGGUGGAGCUGGCAACCAUCUGUGCUUUGUGCAAUGAUUCCUCCCUGGAUUUUAAUGAGUCUAAAGGUGUUUUUGAGAAGGUUGGUGAAGCCACAGAGACGGCUCUCACCUGCCUGGCGGAAAAGAUGAACGUUUUUGACACUGACGUUAGAAGCCUGUCCAACAUCGAGAGAGCCAACGCCUGCAACUCUGUGAUCAAACAGCUCAUGAAGAAAGAGUUCACGCUGGAGUUCUCCAGAGACCGCAAGUCAAUGUCUGUGUUCUGCACCCCCAACAAGGCCAAAUCAAGCUCUGCUAAGAUGUUUAUCAAGGGCGCUCCGGAGGGCGUGAUCGAGAGGUGCACAUAUGUACGUUUGGGCGGCUCCAGGGUGCCCUUGACUCAGGGCAUUAAGGAAAAGAUCAUGACUGUUAUCAAGGAAUACGGCACCGGACGGGACACUCUGCGCUGUCUGGCGCUGGCCACCCGUGAUAACCCGCUCAAGAAAGAGGAGAUGGUUCUUACCGACACGGCACGCUUCGCAGAAUACGAGUCUGAUCUGACCUUCGUGGGCUGCGUGGGGAUGCUGGAUCCUCCUCGUACCGAGGUGGCCGCUUCCAUCAAGCUCUGCCGGCACGCUGGCAUUCGGGUCAUCAUGAUCACGGGCGACAACAAGGGUACUGCCGUCGCCAUCUGCAGACGGAUCGGCAUCUUCUCGGAAGACGACGACGUCAACCGCAUGGCCUACACGGGUCGUGAGUUUGACGACCUUUCACCCCAGGCUCAGCGAGAUGCUGUCAUGACAGCCCGCUGCUUCGCACGUGUGGAACCUUCGCACAAGUCCAAGAUCGUGGAGUUCCUGCAAGGUUUCGAUGAGAUCACCGCCAUGACAGGAGACGGCGUGAACGAUGCCCCUGCCUUGAAGAAGGCGGAGAUUGGCAUCGCCAUGGGCUCUGGGACUGCAGUGGCCAAGUCAGCCUCAGAGAUGGUCCUCGCUGAUGACAACUUCUCCACCAUCGUGUCUGCUGUCGAGGAAGGCAGAGCUAUCUACAACAACAUGAAGCAGUUCAUCCGCUACCUCAUCUCAUCCAAUGUAGGAGAGGUCGUCUGCAUUUUCCUCACUGCUGCGUUGGGUUUCCCAGAGGCUCUCAUCCCUGUUCAGCUGCUGUGGGUCAACCUGGUCACUGACGGUCUACCUGCAACUGCUCUGGGCUUCAACCCACCCGACCUGGACAUCAUGAACAAACCCCCUCGCAACGCUAAAGAGCCCCUCAUCUCAGGCUGGCUCUUCUUCAGAUAUAUGGCCAUUGGCUGUUAUGUCGGUGCUGCGACAGUAGGAGCCGCGGCGUGGUGGUUCAUCGCUGCUGAGGAUGGUCCAAUGAUCACCCUUUACCAGCUGAGUCAUUUCUUGCAGUGUUCUCCUGAUAAUCCCGACUUCCAGGACCUGGAGUGCCAUCUGUUUGAGUCUCCCUACCCCAUGACCAUGGCUCUAUCUGUACUGGUCACCAUUGAAAUGUGUAACGCUCUCAACAGUCUGUCCGAGAACCAGUCCCUGAUCCGCAUGCCUCCCUGGGAAAACAUCUGGCUGCUGGGAGCCAUCUGCCUCUCAAUGUCUUUGCACUUCCUCAUCCUCCAUGUGGAGCCCUUACCGGUCAUCUUUCAGAUCACCCCCCUGAAUGUGACCCAGUGGAUGAUGGUGCUGAAGAUCUCGCUGCCUGUUAUCCUAUUGGACGAGCUCCUAAAAUUUGUGGCGAGGAACUACUUGGAGCCGGGUAAAGAUGAGGAGCAGGAGGCCGACAGGAGAGGCUGGUCCCUCUCUGCAUGCACCGAGGGCAUCUCCUGGCCCUUUGUAGCUCUGACACUCCCCAUAAUGGUGUGGCUUUACAGCACAGACACUAACAUAAGCAACCUGUUCUGGUCGUCCUGACUGAUCUGAGACCUGACGUGAAGCUACUGUAACCGUGACUCCAAAUAACCCGAGAAGCAACAUUAACAAGGAACAACACUUAACCACGUUCACAUUUGCACACGCAUCCGAGCCUAGUUUCAAUUUUUAUACACAAAUGUUGAUCUACAUAUGGCAUAUUGCUGUCGGAGAAUAGUGUUUUGUUUUUUAACCAUUAAAUUUUUAAGCAAUUUUUUUUAUCGGUUUCGUCUUAUUAAAGGUGUAUAUUUUCUCAGGUCCCCUUUUUUCAAUGUAUGAAAAGUGCCGAGAUGCAAUACUAUUUAUCCGAUUGCUUUAGAUAUUUUUGGCUCAAAGCACUGAGAUGAGAUUUAUCUUUAUAGAACGAAUGUGCAGUUGUUUGUUUUCCACUGUAACGUCACAAUGUAUCUUAUUUCAUUUUCGGACACAAAUAAUUUUCUCUCUGCCUUUAGUAGACUGCAGCUACCUCAGUUCUGUCGGUUGCUUUCGUAGGUCCUCUUAACAAACUUAGUUUUUUCGCUUGAUCAAGGACUAGCCAAAUGCAUUAGUUCCCUUGUAUACUUAAUCACUUUAGUGAAUCUGGAAAAUGUUUAAUGGUGUUUUUUAUCAUUUCUGAAAGAUGCUUAAACUGAAAAUGUUUACUUUAGCAUUUUUUUUGCUGGAUGCGUUUAUGGGGACAAUACAUGCUGAUUAACAAAAACAUUUGUUUAUAUUGUAAUGUACAUGUAAGUGUGUAUUCAAGGUGCCGAGUGAAUGAACUGAGCACAAAAAGUAAAGGCUGUGAUGAAUUCUGGGAUCAACUAUCCUGACAUUAGCACAAAAGUGUUGCUGAAUAAAGUCUCUUUAAUUCUGUAAAUAC